UAAAAAAAAAUUGCGGUGAGACUCGCGGAGGUAUGUCCGAGGCCGAGAACACGGCACCGAGGGCGCGAUAAGAAUGAGCUCCGGAGCAGAAUGUGCCGCAAAUGCACCUAUGACGCUGGUGGCCAAACGCAAGUGAAAACGACGAAGAAGAGCGUACAACCAAUUUUGAGUUCCGAGUAUCACCAUGGAGCCAGAUGGUGCUGUCAAGAUCCCCACAACGCGGUGCUUAGCCACCCUGUGCACCGCAGCAGCACUCACCUCUGACCUCACAGACACACACACGUACAAGGAUACAAUGCAGCUGCUCAAUUUACUACUGCACGCCAAACGGAUAAAGAACCACGAAUGCACUGAGGUGUAGAAGCUGUAUGAAGUAUCUCACUGGGUGUCGUCAUGCAGCUAGCCAUAAUCCCCGAUGUCUGCCGUCACCAAGCUGACCACUGACCUGGGCGAGGGCGUGUGUGGGUGCCAGGUGGCCUGUUGUCAUGCAACACACAAUGGCUGCAGCUAUCCAUCUACCCCCUCGCCCCCUGUCAGCCUGGAGGCGGAUGGAGAACCUGAAUUCAGGAGAGGUUCUUGGACAAUGGCGGAUUGAGCCAGCUUUACAAACCCUGAACGUGGAGUAGACGGAGGCAGGACGCAUCAUUCCUCGCACCUGACAGAAAACAGCCCUCUCCUAUGAAGCUCCUUCUGCAACAAGAUUCCUGCCGCUUGUCGUGGAAUCAUCCACCGUGUCAGUAUUUAAGACCCAUUUUUCUUCACCACGGCUUACAACCUGCCAUAACUCAUUGACUCUCUUCUCCUGUUCCUGGCACUGCUCUGCACUUUCUUAUCAAGCUGGAGCUUUAUCUCACAGUGUUUGUGUUACGCAGUGCACUUUUUUCUCUGUCUCACCUUUGCUACUUCUGCUUUUGCUCUAUGGGAAAUUUCUAGAGGGUAAAAAAAAUAGAAUCUGAAAAAUUCCAAGAUCAUGCAGUGUGAUUAAACAGAUGUCAUCUCCGGUAUGGACACUAUAGCUUAAGUUGUGUGUGUGUGUGUGUGUGUGUGUGCGUGUGUCAGAGAGAGGGAGCAGUGUUUUAUGGGUCUAGUUAUUAACUCCAUGUGACUUUUCACUGAUCCAGCAGGCUGGAAAAACAAAAAAAAGGAAAGAAGAGAAGAGAAAUGAGGAAGAGGACUAUAGAUUGUCCUUCAGUCUUCUGUCUGAUUCGGAUCACUGGAAAAUAUAGAAGGGAAAAGGAGAGAAAGAAUAUCUGUUGUUCUUUAUCCGUAAUCUACUAUGUCUGUUUCUACUUGCUGGCUGUCACUCAGACUACAUCUUCCCCAAUUUGGCGAGACGAGGGAUAUACGGGAUAUAUUCUAUUUCCCUCCUAAUCUCAAUUUGGGUUCAGCGAUGGGUUCAGACAGAUGUUUAAUUCGUUGUCACAACAAUGCUCCUCAACAAGCCAGCUUCGCACAACGCACAAUUGGUUUCACACACACGUUUAUCUUGUUCAUAUGGGCUAUUUUAGGAUAAUGGCGGUUGAGUUGUGUUGGUUCACGUCCAUGGAAAAGCCACAGUCGGCGUGGCUGCGCUUAAACACACAAAAACUGAGGGAUAAUUGUGUCAAGGGAUUAGAUCGGCUGAGACACUAUUAUUGCACAAUGAAGGGAAAUAUGCAAGACGAUCACGUCUGGUUGCAUAUCUUCUUCUGUCAUUACUAAAAAUACAUUCAAAUAACUAAUUCACCUGCCUGCUUCAAAAUAGACACACACGUACCUGACUUUUUAAAGAUAAUAUAAUUAUUAUCAUUAUUAUUACUAUGAUUACCUCCAUCAAGGAGGUACUGUAAUAUUCGCCCCUGUCCAUUUAUGUUUGUGUGUAAAUUGGUUGGUUGGUUUGUUUGCUUUCACAACAACUAUUACCAGAUUUGGACAAAAAUUGGUGGAGAGAUGGGACGUGGGCCAAGAGAGAACCCAUUCAAUUUUGAGGCAGAUAUGGAUUUUUCCCCCCCCCCCCUUUUCUUUAAUACUGCAAGAUAGGGCGUUUUUGACAUUUUGACCAAUUUCCCAGGAAAUCAUGCAUGGAUCUUGAUGAAGAAAAAAUCUGUCAUAUUUAGGGGACUGAUAUCUAUGAGUGUGUACAAUUUUCUGCAGCUUGGUUGGAUUUAAGGGGACUGUUGGGCCUUGGUAUGCGCUCUACUGAGUGCCAUUAGUAAUUAUUAUUAUUAUUAUGCAUUUAAAUGGAGCAUGUCUUAACCACACAACUACAAGAUUGCCAAAGACAUUUUAAGUACAUCAGUUAAUAUUAAUUUUCUCACCGUCCCCCGCCACUGUGGUGUUUUUUCUGCGAGUAGAAGCUGACCACAAUAUUUUUUUUUUGUAAAUCAUGUCAUCUUGUCAAGCCCAAUAAAAACAUCUUCCAGUUAUAGAAACCGAAGACAAAUGUGGGAUUGAGGUAUAUGGCUGUAGCUCAGCUGGUAGGGCAGGCUUUCCUGUUCCUUGUUGGGGGGAGUUGUGGGUUCAAUCCCCAACUUUCCACAUGUUGUAAUGUCCUUGAGCAAGACACCGAGGCACUAGUUCUCCCGUGUGUGUGUGUGUGGGAGGGGAGGAAAUGUAUAGUUAGUGGCUUUAGGGUGUAGUAUGCUUUGACUAAAGUGCUUGUAAAAAGCACGAGCAAUGUGAUUUGAUUCAUGUGGUUAAUUAACACAUAUUUAUAAUAAACUGUUUGAAAUUCUGUCUGUCUCUGUGUAAAAAGGUCGAACCUUGUCCCUCCCCCCAACACUUUUGAAGAUAAUAUGAACUGAUAAAUAAUUCUUCCUAUAACAACCAAAAACACACACACACACUAACACACACACACACACACACACACACUCACACCUGACAUGUGAAACCAGACACACCUCUCUCCAGCGGCAAAGGAAUGGAGAGUUUCCAACAUACCAGUGCUUCAUGAGAUCCUAUUCACUUCCUGAGCAUCUCCCGGGGCCACAGAGGCUGGGUGUGUGAGACAGACAACAGUCUCUCAGUCCCAUCACAACAAAGGUUACGCACGCGGACACAACGGGGGAUUUGCGCACCGCAUGCCGCGGACAUGUGGAAGUUUGCGCCGCUGUAGCGCAGCGAGAGAGCCGGUCCACCGCCUCGUCGACUCCCCCUCUCCCCGCCCAGGGGGACCAAACUCCCGGCGCACAGCCUCGAUACACAGAGCCCCCUCCGAGAAGACCCAGAUGUGAAGUCAGCGCGAGAAGAAAUCUCAGAAACAUACGUCUGACAGAGACCGGAGGACGGCGACGAGGGGGGACGUAGUUCGUACAGUGCAGAGUUGGGUGCGCUCUUUCGGGGCUUUUCUUUGCUGAACGCCCUCGGAUCUCCUCGGCGUUCCGCGGGUCUCACAUUGGCCCCCACUUGCCGCAGUGAUGGUGGGAGCUCUGAGCCCCGUUGGCCCUGGCCGCUCCCCGGCGACAGCGCGAGGGCUGCUGGCGGCUGUCCUGGUCCUGGUCCUGGUCCUGUCCGGCGGAGCGGACGGUCAGCCCUGCCCGACCCAGUGCUCCUGCACCGGCACCACGGUGGACUGUCACGGCCAAGGGCUCCGCAGCGUGCCACGGAACAUACCCCGCAACACGGAGAGACUGGACCUGAAUGCAAACAACCUCACCAAAAUCACCAAGACGGAUUUCGCAGGACUGAGGCAUCUGCGAGUGCUGCAGCUAAUGGAGAACAAAAUCACCACGAUCGAGAGAGGAGCCUUCCAGGACCUGAAGGAGCUGGAGAGACUGCGCCUGAAUCGGAAUAAUCUGGCCGUCUUUCCCGAGCUGCUUUUCCUGGGAACGACAAAGCUUUACAGACUUGAUCUCAGUGAGAACCAGAUUCUGGGGGUUCCGAGGAAAGCCUUCAGGGGAGCUGUGGAGAUCAAGAACCUUCAGUUGGACUACAACCACAUCAGCUGUAUUGAGGAUGGAGCUUUCCGAGCGUUACGUGACCUGGAAGUGCUCACCCUCAACAACAACAACAUCAGCCGACUGUCUGUGGCCAGUUUCAACCACAUGCCAAAGCUCAGGACCUUUCGCCUGCACUCCAACAACCUGCAGUGUGAUUGUCACGUGGCCUGGCUGUCAGAGUGGCUGCGACAACGCCCCCGUCUGGGUCUUUAUACGCAGUGCAUGGCCCCGCCACACUUGAGGGGACACAACGUGGCGGAGGUGCAGAAGAAGGAGUUUGCCUGCACAGGUCACCAGACGACAUCGUCCUCCUCCUGCAGUGUGUUACAGUGCCCGGAGUCGUGCACCUGCAGUAACAACAUUGUUGACUGCAGAGGAAAGGGACUGUCAGAAAUACCCACCAACCUGCCCGAAACCAUCACUGAGAUCCGACUGGAGCAGAACGCCAUCAAGGUGAUCCCGGCUGGGGCCUUCUCUCCUUACAAGAAGCUGCGUAGGAUAGACUUGAGUAACAACCAGAUCUCAGAGCUGGCCUCGGACGCCUUCCAAGGCCUGCGCUCCCUCAACUCUCUGGUACUAUAUGGGAACAAGAUCACUGAGAUUUCCAAAGGACUAUUAGAGGGACUAUUUUCUCUGCAGCUAUUGUUACUGAAUGCUAAUAAGAUAGCAUGUCUGCGUGUGGAUGCAUUUCAGGACCUCCACAACCUCAAUCUGCUAUCACUGUACGACAACAAGCUCCAGACCAUCGCCAAGGGAACCUUCUCAUCGCUAAGAGCCAUACAAACGCUACACUUAGCCCAGAACCCGUUCAUCUGUGACUGCCAUCUGAAGUGGCUGGCUGACUACCUGCAGGACAAUCCCAUCGAGACGAGCGGUGCCCGCUGCACCAGCCCUCGACGACUUGCCAACAAACGAAUCGGACAAAUCAAGAGCAAGAAGUUCCGCUGCUCAGCAAGAGAACAGUAUUUCAUUCCAGGUACUGAGGAUUACCGCAGCAAGCUGGGAGGGGACUGCUUCGCCGACUUGGCCUGCCCCGAGAAGUGUCGCUGCGAGGGCACCACGGUCGACUGCUCCAACCAGAAACUCACCAAAAUACCAGACCACAUUCCUCAGUACACCGCAGAACUGCGUCUCAACAACAAUGAAUUCACUGUGCUCGAGGCGACGGGGAUCUUCAAAAAGUUGCCUCAGCUGAGGAAGAUUAACCUGAGCAAUAACCGUAUCACUGACAUAGAGGAGGGGACGUUUGAAGGAGCCUCAGGGGUCAAUGAGCUGAUUCUGACCUCCAACAGACUGGAGAACAUACACCACCGCAUGCUGAAGGGACUGGGUGGCCUCCGCACACUUAUGCUGAGGAGUAACCGACUCAGCUGUGUGAGUAACAGCAGCUUCGUGGGGCUGAGCUCUGUGCGCCUCCUGUCGCUCUAUGACAACCAGAUCACCUCUAUGAACCCGGGAGCCUUCGACACUCUGCACUCCCUGUCCACACUAAACCUUCUGGCCAAUCCCUUCAACUGUAACUGUCAUCUGGCUUGGCUCGGGGAUUGGCUGAGGAGGAAACGCAUCGUCACCGGUAACCCUCGCUGCCAGAGUCCCUACUUCCUGAAGGAGAUCCCCAUCCAGGAUGUGGCUGUUCAGGACUUUGCCUGUGAAGACGGUAAUGAUGAGAACAGCUGUUCUCCGGUGCUCAGGUGCCCAGCGGAGUGUUCCUGUCUGGACACUGUGGUGCGCUGCAGCAACAAGGGUCUCACCACUCUGCCCAAAGGCCUCCCCAAAGAGACCACUGAGCUAUACCUGGAUGGUAACCACUUCACUCAGGUUCCUGUGGAACUCUCCGAGUACAAACACCUAACGCUCAUUGACUUGAGUAACAACCAGAUCAGCACGUUGUCCAACCACAGCCUCAGUAACAUGUCCGAGCUGCUUACCCUAAUCCUCAGCUACAACCGCCUGCGGUGCAUACCAGUGAGGGCGUUCGACGGGCUCAAGUCUCUGCGUUUGCUGUCUCUCCACGGUAACGACAUAUCACUGAUACCAGAGGGAGCCUUCAAAGAUCUGUCAUCGCUUUCCCACCUGGCUCUGGGCGCCAACCCUCUGUACUGUGACUGCCACAUGCAGUGGCUGUCAGACUGGGUGAAGAGCGGCUACAAGGAGCCGGGCAUAGCCCGCUGCACGGGCCCUGGCGACAUGACCGACAAACUGCUGCUCACCACGCCUUCCAAGAAGUUCACCUGCACAGGCCCAGUGGAUAUGAGCAUCCAGGCUAAGUGUGACCCCUGCCUGUCAAACCCCUGCAAGAACGACGGCACCUGCUCCAAUGACCCUGUGCACUACUACCGCUGCACCUGCCCCUAUGGAUUUAAGGGCCAAAACUGCGAGGAGCCCAUCCACGCCUGCAUCGGUAACCCGUGCCAGAAUGGUGGAACCUGCCACCUGAAGGAAGGAGAAGAGAGCAACUUUUGGUGUGUGUGUUCGGAGGGCUUCGAAGGUGACGCCUGUGAGAUCAACAUCGAUGACUGUGAAGACAACGACUGUGAGAACAACUCCACCUGCGUGGAUGGAAUCAACAACUACACGUGCAUGUGCUCCCCAGAAUACACAGGGGAGCUAUGUGAGGAGAAACUGGAUUUCUGCGCUCCAGAGCUGAACCCGUGUCAGCACGAAUCGAAGUGUAUUUUGACCCCUCAGGGAUACAAGUGUGAGUGCACGCCGGGCUUCGUGGGUGAGCACUGUGAGCUGGAUUAUGACGACUGUGAAGAGAACAAGUGUCAGAACGGCGGCCAGUGCAUCGAUGCCAUCAACGGAUACACCUGCAUCUGUCCAGAAGGAAACAGCGGGUUAUUCUGCGAGUUCUCUCCCCCGAUGGUCCUUCCUCGCACCAGCCCCUGUGACAACCACGAGUGCCUAAAUGACGCGCAGUGCGUCGUCGUGGAAACAGACCCCAGCUGCCAGUGUCUCCACGGCUACGAGGGCGAACGCUGUGAGACGCUCGUCAGCGUCAACUUUGUCAACCGCCAGUCGUACCUGCAACUUCCCUCCAGUCUCCUCUCGCCGCAGACCAACAUCAGCCUACAGAUUGCCACAGAUGAGGACAGCGGCGUGUUAUUGUAUAAAGGCGACAACGAUCACAUUGCUAUGGAGCUGUACAGGGGACGCCUCAGGGUCAGCUACGAUACCGGGUCCUACCCUCCCUCUGCUAUUUACAGUGUGGAGACAGUGAAUGAUGGCAGUUUUCAUGCGGUGGAGCUAGUGGCAUCGGACCAGACUCUGUCUCUGUCCAUUGACGGCGGAACGCCCAAAUCCAUCAACUCCAUCAGCAAACAAUCCACACUCAAUAUAGACUCUCCACUUUACCUGGGAGGGAUGCCGGAGCGUGCGUCAGCCUCUGGGGGUCUGUCGGCCCUGCAGCACAGCUCAGGCGGACGCAAUGGCACCAGCUUCCACGGCUGCCUCCGUAACCUGUACAUUAAUGGGAAGCUCCAGGACCUGGGGGCCGGGCUGGGGCCAGGGGCUCCGGGCUCUGGGACUGCACAGAGCACCACCAGACAGUGGCUGGGCCAAGGGGUGGAGCCAGGCUGCCAGCCGUGCCAGAGAGGUGCCUGCAUCCAGGGUGAGUGCCACGCAACGGGGCACCGUGGCUUCACCUGCACCUGCAACCCCGGCUGGACGGGAGCAGUGUGUGACCAGCAAGUCAACAACCCCUGUGAUGGCAAUAAGUGUAUCCAUGGUACCUGCCUUCCAAUCAACUCCUAUUCUUACUCCUGCCGUUGCCAGCCUGGUUUUGCUGGUGUCCUGUGUGACGAGCAGGACCAGGAUGCAGCUAACCCCUGUAGUCUGUCUCGCUGCAAACAUGGCAAAUGCAGAGUGUCAGGCCUGGGUGAAGCAUACUGCGAGUGCAACAGCGGAUACACAGGAGAUGCGUGCGACAAAGAGGUGGCCUGCCGAGGGGAACGGGUCCGAGAUGUCUACCAGAGACAGCAAGGCUACGCGGCGUGCCAAACCCAGGAGAAGGUCUCCCGUCUAGAGUGUCGGGGCAGCUGCACGGGGGGAGCAGAAGGACUAGGCACCUGCUGCACCCCCCUCCGCAGCAAACGCAGGAAAUACACCUUCCAGUGCACUGACGGCUCUUCUUUUGUGCAGGAAGUGGAGAAAGUGGUCAAGUGUGGCUGUACAAAGUGCUCCUCAUAAAAAAGAAAGGAUAAAAAAAGAGACAAUACCCUUGGCAGAUUUCCUCCUCUCCAGAAAUGUUCUGUGUUCCUGCCCGCCUUACUUGAUCCUCGCCCCCCAUUGUCCCCGGUCCCGAUUCUUCCUGAGAAAACCCCCCAUCCUCGACAGUCCUCCCCCUACCAACCCUGUUUUUUUUUUAAAAACCUUCAGAAAAAGUUUAAAAAGAGAAAAAAACAUAGAGAAAAAAGGUUUCUUUUCUGGUCAGUGCUGGACUGAUGAUCGAUGCUUCCUCGGUGGGGAUGUUGAAUUGUAUUGUAAAGUACAAAAACAGACUUAUUUUUUAUUAUGAAGUGGAGAAAAAGACAAAAAAAAACCACAAGGAACCACAAGAGUUGACUUUUUCCUUACACCUACUUCUUUUUGUUGGUCAUGAUGACUCUAAUGGUGUGCCACACUGUCUCUUCCCUGGAGGACUGACCGGUCACUGACGGCUGACCAGCUUCCUGUACACUUCCUGCUUCCUGUCUGUGAGUUGUGUGUUUUAGGAAUAACCUUAACUGGUAGUACCACAGACUCACCCCCUAGGAGGAGCUGCGUUAAGGCACGGGAGAGGGCGGGCAGUGAUAACCCCCGACGACACGAGAAACCACCACAGUAGUGCGAAGCCUCCUUCAACAGACCUCCUGAACCCUCCGAGACUGUGUGCACGAUCCUACACACAGCUGUGCUCAAACUUAUGGUAUUUCAUACAGCUACUGAACAUCACACACACACACACACAAACCCAUAUGUUCUCACCUGUAGAAAAGUUUCACACGUCACAUGCCAGGUUAAACAUACAACUCUCCGUUUAUCGACGCCCCCAGUCAUGAAUGACAAGUAUUUAUUGUAUUAUAAAUACCUGUACUUGUUCAGUAGAGCCCCCCCAUGUAUCAAUCUGAUUCUUUUAAUAUAUAUUAAUUUAUAUUUGUCCUUAUUUUUGUAUUAAAAAGACAUAAUCUGUCAAGAUAGCUUAACUAACAAGAUGGUGUCCUUUAUUUUGGUUGAAGAGAAGUUUGUUUUUUUUGACCGCUGAAACUAUCGUGCUUGCCAGAGACCUUAGUUACAUUUUAAUCUGCAAAUGUGACGUGAAGACAGUGUAUAUUUUUGUCGCGUUCCCUGAGAGUUUGUACUGUGCCAUUGCCAGAAGGUCUUUAUAUUAGAGUAUAAAUGUAUAGAUUUUCCCUACCUAUGUAUUUCACACACAGAUCUCGUGCGUAGCAUUGACCCUAGAGGAUUCUUAGAACUGUUUUUACCUUUUUAACAAAUUUAUGCUUUAAGAAAACUGUGACUUUUUCUAAAUGAAACUACUUUGUUAGCCCCUUGGUCUCAGAUGUUAACAUGUUGCUGCUAAGUUUUUGUACCGUAGACUUGGAUCCUGAUCUGUAUGUUAUAUAGAACCUCCUGCUCCUACUGUACGGGGGGCAUCCUGUGUAACAGAUAAAUAUGUUCCCCCCACCUCUACACAUGUGCAUUGUGCUUUAUAUUCCCUCCCUCCUCCAUCCCCGGACUAAUGUCAGUUCCCUGACUGAUGUUUGUUUAUUAAACACAAUAUUUACCUCA